CAUUUCUUAUUGAAUGAAAAUUGACCAAUCUUUUGAAUCGAAUGAUGUUUUUUACCGGAGGAAUGAGAGCUCUUAUCAAUAUAUCACGUAUCAUUUACGUUCCUACACGAUGACUCAUACAUCGACAAUGAAGAAGUUUGCUUUCCUUAAUUAGUGAACAAUGUUCAAUUUAAGCGAGAUACAUUGUUUUUAUAUGAAUUUAAUUUGCAAAUGUUUUACUACCUAAGGCUGGGGCAUAUAAAUUGGGAUAUCUACAUAUCUCCAUUAUCAAUGGUCGUAUGAAAAAGUUCCACAGUUCAAAGUUAUAGUAUUUCGAGGGAAACAGACAGACAGACUUAAAAUUUUAUCGGCAUGAUUGGCCCUCCAUUGUUACUUCAUUAAUUAAUGGAAUUCUAUGUAAAGCGGUGCCGGAUCUUUAUCGGUCCAACGGGAAUUUUCCCAAACUCCCGAUGCCUAGCCCACCCCUGGACAUAUGCAAUGUACAGUGCCGUCAUUCCAGUAAGCAAUCCGGCACAACGACUGAUUCUAAAGUUUACUUUUUAAUCCAGUUUACCCCCCCCCCCCCACCACCACCACCAUCGAGAAUACGGCAUUCCAGCGUUACUGGAAUCGUUUAGACGGUUCAAUAUCCAGUGCUGGUUGGAGCAUAGUACAGUGUACACGAGACUGUGUUUUUAAUUAAAAAUGGCGAAAAAAUUAAAUAAAAAUCAAACUUCUAAGUUCGUUACUCUGUACAGAGAGCAUGAGUGCUUAUGGGACAUCGCGUCCAAAGAUUAUAAAAAUAAAGCUAUGCGUGAAUCUGCCUUGAAAAAGAUUUGCGAAGAUAUGCAAAUGGAAGGUUUUGGCGUGGAAGAUGUUAAAAAUAAAAUAAAGUCUAUUCGAUCUACUUACUACUUAGAAUUAGACAAGAUUAAAAGGUCAACUACAUCUGGUGAUAGCGGCAAUGUAUAUGAACCUAAAAUGAAAUGGUUUACAGAGCUGGACUCUUUUAUAAAAAAUGUGGUGGUCAAAAGAAAAACGCACGACAAUAAUGACAGUACCCAGUCUGAAUCAGAAAAUAAUGUCACUGCAGCCCCUACUAUAUGUUCUGGAAUAGAAUCGCCUAAAACGAAAUCAAAAAAGAAUAAAAUGUCACGGCUAUCUUCAAUAGUUAGUAGCGCGAAAUUGCUGCAAGAUGAUAUAUGCAGAACAGAAGAAGAAGAUGAAUUCGAUGUCUUCGGAAAGCACGUCGCAAAACAAUUACGAAAACUUUCAACUGAACAAGGUAUCGUAGCUCAAGAAGAAAUUCAAAGCGUGAUAACGAAAUAUCGAUUAAAUGAUCUGCGUUAUUUCAAUGAUUAAUAAUAAUCAGAUUAAAUUAACCUUUUAAUGCUCUACAUAUUUCGCGCCAGACCUCUGGUACAAAUUUUAUUAUUUAUUUUAUGUAGAGGAUUUAGAUAUCCGAAAGAAAUGACUAAGGUUUUUAUAAUUAGUUCCAGUGGUCAGGGAAGAUAAUGUGACUUCUAAUAUUAAUUUUGUUGAUCUUUUUGUGUUGUUACGUUAAAUGUUACUUGAAAUCAAGGAUAAUAAUUCUUCAAACUUUA